UGCCCUCUACUGGAAGGGGCGUCUCAGGAACACACUGGGACUGUCAUGGGGAGGACGCCAGGCUUUCAAGAAGAGGCUGUUCCCCUUCCUGCGGGGACACUGAUGUGACAGCCGCGUAACAGGAAGCCCCAGCCCCGGAGAGGACACACCCUGUGGUCUGUCUGUCCGUAGGACACCCAGGUCUCCUCCAUCGUCACAGCCUGGACCGCAGGGAGGAGACGCCAUGGCCCCCACGCUCCCCGCCCUGCUCUGCCUUGGGCUGAGUGUGGGCCUGAGGACCCCGGUGCAGGCCGGGACCCUCCCCAAACCCACCAUCUGGGCUGAGCCGGGCUCUGUAGUCCCCUGGGGGAGCCCCGUGACCAUCUGGUGUCAGGGGCCCCCAGGGGCCCAGGAGUUCCAUCUGGAUAAAGAGGGAAACCCUGUUUUCUGGGACAGACAGAAACCCCCAGGUCCCGGGGACAAGGCCAGGUUCUCCAUCCAAUACAUGGGACAGGUCCACACAGGGAGCUAUGACUGCUACUACAGAACCCCCGCUGGCUGGUCAGAGCGCAGCGACCCCCUGGAGCUGGUGGUGACACAACGCUACGUCAAACCCAGCAUCUCAGCCCUGCCGAGCCCUGUGGUGACCUCAGGAGGGAACAUGACCCUCCAGUGUGCCUCCUAUCAGGGAUUGAACAGAUUUCUUCUGACCAAGGAAGGAGAAGACAAGUCCCCUCGGACCCUGGAUGGACAGCGAACCCCCAACGGGCGGAUCCAGGCCCUGUUCCCUGUGGGCCCCGUGACCCCCGGGCACAGGUGGACGUUCAGAUGCUACGGCUCUAACAGGGACACCCCCCGGGUGUGGUCGGCCCCCAGCGACCCCCUGGAGCUCCUGGUCCCAGGGCUGUCUGUGAAGCCCUCCCUCCUGACCGCACAGGGCCCUGUCGUCACCUCUGGACAGAACGUGACCCUCCAGUGUCACUCUGACAUCAGCUAUGCCAGAUUCGCUCUGUCCAAGGAGGGUGGACAGGACCUCCCCCAGCGCCCUGCCCGGAGGCCCCAGGGGGAGCUCUCUCAGGCCGACUUCCCCCUGGGCCCCGUGGGCACCAUCCACGGGGGCCGGUACAGAUGCUAUGGUGGACACGGCCUCUCCUCCGAGUGGUCGGCCCCCAGCGACGCCCUGGAGCUGCUGGUGGUAGGAGAGGAGCCAGCGGGACGGCUCAGACACAGACCCUCCCUCUCGGUGCGGCCAGGCCCCUCGGUGGCCCCGGGGGAGAAUGUGACCCUGCUGUGUCAGUCAGGAGACAGGACGGACACCUUCCUUCUGUCCAAGGAGGGGGGAGCCAAUCGCCCCCUGCGUCUGCGCACCCAGGACCAAGACGGGCGGUACCAGGCCGAGUUCUCCUUGAGCCCUGUGACCUCAGCCCACGGGGGCACCUACAGGUGCUACCGCUCACUCAGCACAGACCCCUACCUGCUGUCACAGCCCAGUGAGCCCUUGGCGCUCGUGGUCUCAGACUACACGGUGCAGAAUCUCACCCGGAUGGGCCUCGCGGCUUCGGUCCUGCUGCUCCUCGGGAUCCUUCUCUGCCAGGCUCGGCACGACCACGGAGGAGCCCGAGACCCAGCCCGGAGCUGAGCACCGGGACCCCGCACUCCCCAGAGCUCAGGAGCCCGGGAGGGGAGCUUCUGGUGUGGGAGCUUCUGGAUGAGCUUCUGACCCCGGGGGAGAGAUGAGCCGCAGGGUGGGAGGAGGCCCAGGCGUCCCCAGGGGACUUGGCCUCUGCUCAUGGGGCCCCCUCCCUCCUGGGGAGGACGCCCCGGCUCCCGGCUGCUCUCACCCCUGGACCGAGGCGCAUCCCACAUGGCAGGGGCGGGUCGUCACCCUGCACGCCCUCAGGCUCUGUCCACUUGCAUGGAGGACAUGAGCUUCAUUGUUCAUGCUCGCUGUCUCUGGUGUGCACAAUGACCUCCAUCUCUUCUCAGAAACAGAACAUCGUUUAAGUAACUGAAUAAAUGGGUGGAAGUGGGGCCCGUUUGGAACAGUUGGAUCCUAAACUCUUCCCUGAGCCCCCUCUGGACCACUCACGCCCCUCCUCCUCGUCAGAGGACACCCGCUGUAGUUUCUCCAGAAACACUGUCAGUGUGAAGGGACACCCUGGUGUUUGAAGUGACGGUCAGGGCUAUGCUGGUAAAUGAGCUCAGGAAUACAUCAUUUUGUAAAGAGCAACGAUAUGGGGUUUCCCUGGUGGUGAAGAGUCUGCCAGCCAAUGCAGGAGACACGGGUUCAAUCUGUGAUCCUGGGGGACCCCACGCGCCAAGGAGCAAGUGAGUCUGUGAGCCGCAGUGACUGAGGCCGGCACGUCCUGGAGCCCACGUGCUGCAGACAGGCCAGUGCUGCAGACGCCCAGACACCGCAGCGAGGGAGCACCCCGCUCACACAACCAGACACACCCCCGCAGCAACACAGCCCCGGCACAGACAAAAUCAGCAGGCAAUACAUGCUUAAAGAGCCCAGUGUGAACUGUGUGUCUCCCCUGGGGCAAACGCGCUCCGUGGCCAACUUCAAGGUGCCUGGGUGAAGGCCGGUGGGAAGGAAGGAGCAGGUGGACUAUCCUAGUCUGGUGCCGCCAGACUGGCACAGCCUGUGAGUCUGGUGCAGCCAGCCUCCACCGAUGGCCCCACGUGCCCAGAUGUGUCUUCUCAUUACAACCACAUAGGAUCGUCUCCACCUCAGUUUUAUGCCCCAGGUUCCCUGAAAUGAGAUGCCCACCUCCUAGUUCAUCUGUAAGAGAGGGAAAGAGAAAACGAUGGAUGAGACAAGGCUGACUCUGACGAAUCCCAGCACAUCACGGGCAGGGGUACUCAUCAGCCCGGUCAAUCUGGAGAGUCGACAGCAACUCUCAGUUAAAGGGCAGAGAGACAGCGCUGGCCCACAGUUGUAUAACCCAGAGGAAGAUGCGUGCACGGCCACGCGUGUACAAGCAGAAUAUGGACACGUGGGUUGUUCACGUGGGAAAAGUCGAAAUCACUUUCACUAAAAUGAAUGGUUUGGUGUAUAUAUAUGCAACAUAAUUUUACACAAAAAAUGCACAAAGCUGGAUUGUUACAGGAACACAACUCAGUUUUCAAGCAUGAUGGUGAAUAAGUGAAACACGACUGUAGGAGUCCAGUGCAUCACAUCAAAUUCAAAAGGCAAAAACAUGGGACUCAAUACAUAAAAUAAGUAAUGAGACGGGAGGAACAAGAGCUGCUACCAGGUUUCCCUGGUGGCUUGGCGGAUAAGAAUCCAGCCGCCAACACAGGGGACGCAGGUUCCAUCCCUGCUGAGAGAAGAUCCCGCGCCAGCCGCAAAUGCUGAGCCUGCGGGCCCAGAGCCCUGCCCUGCGAGAAGACACGUCACCAAAGCGAGGAGCCCAGGCACCGCAGCAAAGAGAAAAGCUUCCUGAGCUCAGCUCAAUGGGAGGAAAUCCCCUGGGCAGCGAGGAAGACCCAGCACCGUCCUCUGUCCCUCAGGCGUGUCCAACUCUGUGACCACAUGGACUGUAGCCAACCAG